AUGAAUAGCAUUCCUGAUAUGCUGGAGGAAAGGCUGCCGUUGCUUGAUAUAAUUUGUCAAGUAGUUAAUUUUUCUGAAAGGUGCUUCAGAAAGAUUCAAAAUGGGGCCUGGAAUCUCUAUAACUGUAAUCAAUGCAAUAAAGAGGGACUUUUGCAAAGAAGAAGAUGGUGUAAUGCUAUAUUCAGAAGAUUUGUGUACAAGGAAGAAGGCAAGGCAAAACAAUCACUUGAUAUUAACAGCAAAAAUGUCAAAGACAUGAUGGUGAAAGGCAUAUCAAAGCAGUCUAAUAAUUCUGACUGUGGCCUUUAUCUUAUGGCAUAUCUUGAGAAGUUCAUUCAGAAUUCACAUAAUUUUAUUGCCAAACUCUGCAAGAGUAAAAUGAAUGAGAAUAAGCUACUUACUCACACUGAUACUCAUACUGUAAGACAAUUAAUGAUUGAUAAGAAGCUGCUGGAUCAGCCUGGGCUACCUCAAGAGGCAGUUGCAGAAUUUAAUGCACAGAAUGACAAGAAUGAGAAGAAAUGA